AUGUCUGAAAUAGUGGCCAAAGAACUGAUGGAAGUGUUGCGCGAAGACAACCAAAGACUGACCACUGAGUUGUCAAUUGAGAGACAAUUAUCUGAUUACAUGCAAAAUGUUAACACAAUUCAAAGCAACGAUAAAUCAGUGAAUGAAAACUCGACCAAAACUAGUGAUGAAACAAAUCAAGUGAUAAUCAAUGCGAAGACAUCACCGAUGGGACAGUUAUGCAGCACUGGAUCCGCACAACCGAUACUACCGGCCAUUAUUGCCGGACAAACGAGUGAUCAAUUAGUGACUGACUCUGAGACCGAUUCUAUGGACAAUAUCAUUGAAUCCAAUGUCAUAUCCAUCGGAAGUAUAAAUCAAAUCGACGAAAAUAGCGAAUCAAUUGAACCGAUGUUUGCGGACACAUCAGUGGACAACACAACUACACUGACGGACAUUACCGAAGACACGGACAUAAUAAUGGACUCGAAUACUAUACUCAAUGGCGACACAGAUAGUGAUAAACAACAGAUACUACCGGCCAUUAGUGACGAGCAAACGAGUCAUCAAUUUGUGGCCGCCUUCCAGACCUACGGCGAUACCAUUGAACCCAAUCUCGUCAUUGACUUGAAUCCCACCGAAAGUGUUGAUCAAAACACUUAUCCAUUAGUUUCCGUGACAGAUUGUGGCGGCGCCGAAGAGCGGUCACCGAUCGAUACUGAGACACAAGUGAUGGACAUUCAAUCGGCGACACAAGAGAUCAAUGAUAUACUCGACGACGACAAUGAUAUGCCGGCUGUUGACAAACAGGUGAUCCAGGUUUUCGGUCCUCUGGGACACGACGGCAGUGUCCGCGUGUGUCCCGUCUAUUCGUGCGGCCAAUACUUUCCCGGCAUAUAUGAACUCCGCGUUCACACCCAACGCCAUCACCCGGACGUUGUGCCCGAACCGGCGUUGAAACGGUUCCCGUGUCCGGCCGUCGGAUGCGGCAAAUUGUUGUCAUCCAAAGUGAAUCUAAACGCACACAUAGAGACGGCUCACACGGGACCCACUGUGAAGAGGUCGGGCGUCCCGAAGCUAUACCCGUGUCCGGUGCGCGAGUGCCGCAGCAGAGGUUACUCAUCGCUGCCAAACCUCAAGCAACACAUGAAGAAGUGUCACACAUCGUCAUCGGCGGUGCAUUCCAUGGUUUAA